AUGGCAGAAUCAAAUUCCCAUUCGACGCAACAGCAACCACAAGCAGCAUCGACCUCCACUCCCCCACCUGCCCCGGAGUCGCAAACCCCCGGACCUCGCGCAUCGCGUUUGAUCCAGGUCUUUGAUCAAGCUCUAGCAAGGACCCUUCGGGCAAAUUCCUAUUCUAAUUUUGCAAGUUGUUUCCCUACGCCUGCUCGACAUGUCCCCGCUAGUCUGGAAAGCGUGUGGAGACAAUUGAACGCAAAGCUGGAAGAGGGUGCCAAAGCGGAGUUCGAGGAGAUUAUCGCUGAACGGGAAGCAGUGAAGCAUAUCAAUGACUUGGAUCGGUUAGUAGCAGAGGCGAGGAUCAGGAAGGAGAAUGAGGAAGGGAAUGGGGAUGGGAAUGAGGCCCAAUUAGGCGAUGCUCCUCAUACACUUGGUGCCGAGGAACUCUACAAGGCACAUUUGACACCAUAUCUUCUGGAAGCGCAAUCUACCCUGAACAAUCAGCUCGAGGCUACACACGCGCAAAAUGCAGAACUGUCGCAGACUGUUCAGGCACAAAGAUUAGAGAUUGAAAAGCUUUUGUCUCAUCUGGAAUCAGUUGUUACGGAUGUCGAAGGUGCUGCAACAGCGACCACAAAGUUCAAUCAGGAGCAUCAUAUUCGUCAAGAUGCGAUCCAGAUGGACGAGGAGGUUAACCCCCAGUCAAGUCUCAAGGGAUAA